ACGGAGGAAACCACCUUGCAAGGGUGGAAAAUAUCUCUGGUGCUCCCCUAUUUUCGAUGUACAGUCCUUUUCUCUCUCGCCACAUCGUGCCACACAAUUUCUCUCUGGCGGGUCGCAAUUUACUCUGUGUAUUUGUGAAGUCUUUUACAAUGAAAUGUGUCCAUUGAAUUUCAACACUUUACACGAAUUGUGCAGUUCUUGUUAACGCUUUUUUUCGACUCAAACCAGUGCAAGAGAGAGCGAAACUGCCACAAGGAGUCAAACAACUGAACAGUGUUCUGUGAAAAUCCAUUUAUACAACUUUUACCCUCGCUAAUAACUUUUGUGUAUCGUGAAUGAAAUAACAUAAAGUGCAAUUACAACUUUCAUCCCCUUUCGAUUUCUCGACAAACAUCGCCAACCAAACAAUUCUGCCACACAAUCUUUCCGAGCGUCUUGUGCACCUUUCUCGCUCUCUCUCUCUCUCUCUAUACCUCAACACGGAACAAUAAACUCCCCGGUGGAAAUGCCGUGGAGGAAAAAAUGUUGAAACAUUUUGCAGUUUUCACAAUAAAAAGAGGAAGGAAACUCUAAAGGAAAGGGAAGAUUUACAAGAGCUCACUCGAGUUGGUUCAGGAGACUCUCGUUUUUUUAUACCCUCCAACUCAUCUCUCUGCAUCCCACACAAUCCAUUCAUAUCUACAUUGUAUUGUUUUCAUCCACCACACCGAAAGAUAGAACCGCGUGGAUAUUUUGCGGUGCAAAAAUCCCAUCUUCCUCGCACACCGUGAGCGCGCUCUCGAUUCGAGUCCAUUUGGCAAAUUAACACACUGCAAAGGGAUACUCUCAGAAAGCCUCUGCCUCGCACAUAGAACCCUCUCGCUGCUUCUUGCGGAGUGAUGUCAAUGAAACGAUUGGCCGUGAUUGCAGCCGUGAGUUCACACAACAGCCUCAGCAACAACUCCAUCUCGUACUACAGCGUGGAGAAGGGCGGCCAUCAGGGACUCCAGACAAUGCGUCCGGGCGCCAAUUUACACGGAAAUGUCAAUGUACUUCUUGGCGGAGCAAUGUUGUCCGUGGUGAUAACAGUGGUGUGUUUUGUAUGUUACUGCUGUCAUCGCACCAUUAAGAAGCGAUCCACAUCCACAUAUCGUCAACGAUGGCUCGAGACUGACACCAAUAUGGAAAUUUAUAGCGUCGAGCAGUGUUACGAUACAUCGGGCAUUUAUGUGGACACGCCGGAAGGAGUUGCGCUGCCCGGUCACGGUCCUCCGCCGUCUUACGAGCAAGUUGUGGCCCUUGACGAGAUGGCAGCUCGACAUCCCAGCGCCUUCAAGCCCGCCCGAGCGAUGCGCCACAGCCAGAGCCAUCCCGGCCACUUCUGUCCCUUCAUGCUGCUCGAGGCGGAGACCACCAAGUGCCCGGAGUAUGCCCAGCUCAAGUGCGACGCAGAAGAGGCCGCGGGCGGCAAUUCCAGCGACACGGCCAAAGUUGAGGAGCAAAUUCUCUCCCCGCGCCACAUUGUCACCGGCAAAUUGACCCUCCCGUCGCCAUGUCAGUGCCAACAGAUGGACAACAUGAAUCCCAGCGGAGAGGCGAUGGACUGGAGUUGCGGCACAACACCAGAAGACGAAGACAACCACCACCCUGUCGCCCACUCGCCCGCCGAGGCGAACGGGAACAUUGUGUGCCACGAGAGUGACACAGAGUGCAGCUGCACGAGAAACAAUAAUUGUCUGCCGUCCACGUCGUCAGCAUCGCAGCGCUGCUGUUGCAGCAACAACAACAACACGGAGAUGGCAAGUGAUGGUGAUAUGAACCAAAAUCCCGGACCAAUUGACUUCGAGAGCCUCAAUGAGAAUGGACUCGUUCGCAUUGACAUCAGCCAGAUAAUCGAUAAGACAGGAUUGCCGACCUACGAGGCAGCCAUACGGCUGGAAUCUAGCGGAUACGUUUAGUAGGAAGAGCGCGGCGAGGCAAGGAAAAGCACUCUGGCGAGGAGGAGCAACGGAAACACGUGAUUUCGAAACGUAGUCUUAAGUUUAUAUGUAAUCCUACAGGGCGCACUCCAACACACACACACACCAAUACCAAGCAUUAGAAUAUAGAAUGCAUUUAGCCAAUCCUGAGUAGCAAUUUGGCACUCUCAAUUCUAAGUCAUUUUAUCCAAAUGAACAGCCAGGAAUUUUAAAGGGCGAUAAAUAAUAAAAACACUGCUGGGAAAACAGCAAAUUCUCAAAUCGCUGUCACACAAGUAAAAAGAGACAUUUUCCGACAUAUGUGAACGAAAACUGGAAGAAAUUGGCUGAUAAUGAGACAUGGAAAUGGCAUGAAGAAACGGCGAUGCUGCAGUGAAGAUUCCAUAGCACUUUGCCCACCCAUUUCGCACAUCCUCCAACACUCAAUUUUCGCAAGAGAAGAGAGACAUACGAAAUGAGAGAUAAACGACACAAAACACGCAUUGAUCAAUUUCCAAAGAAUUUGGUGAAAUAGAAGGCAAAUUAUAGAGACACAUUCUUUAGCUUGCUUCUAUCAAAGUGCAUAUCAAACGUGCUCUAUAGAAUUUCUAAUAACAAAUAUACAGAAAAAUACACCAGAAAUAGAGAAAAAAGAGUAAAAAUAUUGUGUAGUGCGUAAAUCCCUAGAGAAGUAAACAUUGUGUAUAAAGUGACAAUUUGUGUAUAAAAGCCGAUUCUUGUACCAGAUGAAAAAAAAGACAUGAUGUAACUCAAAUAGAUCAACACUGAAAAUU